UUGUUCAUCUUUGAUGGCCUGGAUGAAAGCAGACUUUCACUGGAUUUCAACAACAGUGAGGUCGUGUCUGAUGUCACACAGAAGUCAUCAGUCAGCGUGCUGUUGACAAACCUCAUCAAAGGGAAGCUGCUUCCCUCGGCUCUCAUCUGGAUAACUUCCCGACCUGCAGCAGCCAAUCAGAUCCCUCCUUCAUGUGUGGACAGGGUAACAGAAGUACGAGGGUUCACUGACGCCCAGAAGGAGGAGUACUUCAGGAGGAGAUUCAGUGAUGAAGAGCAGUCCAGCACAAUCAUCUCACACAUCAAGACAUCCAGGAGCCUCCACAUCAUGUGUCACAUCCCAGUCUUCUGCUGGAUCACUGCUACAGUUCUGGACCACAUGUUGACUACAGACCAGAGAGGAGAGCUGCCCAAGACCCUGACUGACAUGUACUCACACUUCCUGCUGGUCCAGACAAAGAGGAAGAAGAACAAGUAUGAUGAGGGACAUGAGACGAGUCCACAGGAGCUGACGGAGGCUGACAGGAACCUUCUUCUGAAGCUGGGGAGGCUGGCGUUUGAACAACUGGAGAAAGGAAACAUCAUGUUCUACCAAAAAGACCUGGAGCAGUGUGGUCUUGAUGUCACAGAGGCCUCUGUGUUAUCAGGAGUUUGUACACAGAUCUUCAAAAGAGAGAGUGUGAUCUUCCAGAAAACAGUCUACAGCUUUGUUCAUCUGAGCAUUCAGGAGUUUCUGGCUGCAGUCUACAUGUACCACUGUUACACCAGCAGGAAGACAAAGGUACUGAAGGACUUCCUGUGGAAAAAACACAGUUACUCAUCACUGGAUGACUUCCUGAAGGGAGCCAUGGUGAAAUCUCUCAGAAGUAAAAAUGGCCACCUGGACCUGUUUGUCCGCUUCCUUCAUGGCCUCUCUCUGGAGUCCAACCAGAGUCUCUUAGGAGGCCUGCUGGGUCAGACAGACAACAGUCCAGAAACCAUCCAGAGAGUCAUCAACAACCUGAAGAAGAUGAAGACCAAAGUCACUCCUGACAGAAGCAUCAAUAUCUUCCACUGUCUGAUGGAGAUGAACGACCGCUCAGUACAUCAGGAGAUCCAAGAGUUCCUGAAGUCAGACAACAGAUCAGGGAAGGAACUCUCUGAGAUCCAGUGCUCAGCUCUGGCCUACAUGCUGCAGAUGUCAGAGGAGGUUCUGGAUGAGUUGGACCUGAAGAAGUACAACACAUCAGAGGAGGGACGACGGAGACUGAUCCCAGCUGUGAGGAACUGCAGA